AUGAAGAUAAUGCUCGCACCGACGACGAUUCAGACGACAAAAACUCCUUCAGUAUUCGCUGCUGCUCGUAGUAACAAUGCUCGUCCUACGAUGAAGAUGAAUACGACUACUACGAACACCAACAAAAGACACCGACGCGAUGUGAUUCUCUUCGUAUCCACUCUCGUUCUCUCUUCUUCUAAAGAAGCCGCGAUGAGUAAUAACAACGCGUCGUUUGCAAAAGAAGACGACGACGAAGAGACGUUCCAAUCGCCUCUGAUAAAAGCUUUACUGGAACAAACGGAAGAAAACAAAGCGCUGAGGAAACUGCAAUUGGAAACGAAGUAUUGCCUGAGACAGUCGCAAAUGGGGGUUGGAGACUGCGCGGAUAUCGACGAAGAGUCAAUUAAAAGGAUACAGAAGGAAAGAGCGGAGAAGUUGAAGAAUGAAGCGGCAUCGAAAGAAGAGGAAGGUGUUGAUGAUGGGAACGCAUCAAAAUCGUCGUCAUCGGUUGAAUGA